AGUUAAAACAGUGGCUGGAGGCUCGUUACGGAUGUUUCCGGAACUAAAACGGAAAGUUCAUAAGCCGGGCUGAAAAAUACGAGCGCCUAUGGAAGUAGUACGACUCGAUGAUAAGCCUGACGUCUCAUUAUUCUCUAAUAAUACGACUCAAUAACAUCUGAGUCAAUAUUUCAGUUUUAAAUAUCAUGAAUUAAGACUGGAUAAAAAAUUUGUAGUUUCAAAUAGUAUUAUCCAACAGCAGAUUAAAGGAAUUUUAUUUUUAGAAGAGUUUCAUUUCCGAAGAAGUAAAGUUUUGUAUACGUAUCCUUAAUUUUAAAAAUUAUAUAAUUUUUAUUUUGAUGAAGAUCCACAUUUGAAUUAGCUAAGUCUAAACUUCAGAAUAACAUUCUCGGUGAGAACGGAACACUGAGAAACAUAGAAGCAAUUCUUUGUUCUUCGUUAGAAGCUACUGCGAUUUUCCCGGAGAAGCCCAGCUGGCCCAGCUUCUCCGACAUCGCCAUGCUCCGAGAUGCUUCUGGUUCCUCGAAUCAGUGAAUUCGGAGACGAAGUAUUUGAGGUCCACGGACGAUGUUGCUGACCUAUCUGCGGACAUCGAGUGAUUCUUCAAAGCGGAUUAAAUCGACGUCAUUAAACAACUGCAAGACGAGUACGAGAUCGAUUCUCCGAGCGUCACCAACGGACAUUUGGAGGUUAUAAAGCACCUAGUAUCGGUAGUAUCCAAACACUAUGAGGAGUUUCUUCGAUGAAGCACGGGUGAGCGCCGCGCUUGAAUGUCAACGUAUGCAGCCGUUCCGCUUCGACAACUCGAUCACCAGUGAGACCGUAGCUCGCUCACGCACCACUCCGAUUGUCUCGCGGGCUCGACUGACGUAUCGCUUGACAGAUAAUUAUCGAGAGAUGGAGAACAUACGGAGGUUUUAACAAUUGUAUUAUACGUAGCGGGAUACAUGAUACACGCACGCAUCGUUCUCCUCGCUGUUCCGACUUUUAACUCAGCGUUGUUCACCUGCUGAUAUUGUAUGCUCAGCUCUCCGAAAUCAGGGUGUGUACGUAUGGAUUCUAUGUUUUACCGUCGAACAGGGUACAAAGUGUGGAAAUUGACGGUAGAAUGAUCUAAGUUGGUCACGAAGAAUUUCCUAGGAAAGAUUUAUAUGAUUGAUGUACAUAUAUUACGUAAUUGACACGAUGUAUAUAUAAUGAUCAUUAGGACCUUUACGCUCAUUGUAACAUGACGUAAUUGUUAGUCAAUUGCUAUAAUGCAGGUGUCACAAAAAUCAUGUUGUGUGACAAUGACAAAUGACACGAGCGCUAAUACAUAUGCUGGUGAGAUUAGUAGGAUAAGUAAAAAAGGUAGAAAAAUGUCGGUUCCCUCUUGCUCGACGAGUAACGAGGCGAAUGGUGCAAACACUAAGGAGGAAGCGACACAUGCAAAAUGGGAACGUUUCAGUAAUUGGGUACAUUGUAUAUGUAUUGUCACUUUUGAUCUUGAAUUGGGCCAAGCUAUAGAGGCGAUUUAUCCAAAUCAUGUUAAAUUAUCGGAGCAAGAACGGUCCAAUGUAUGUUACUUGGCCUUUCCUGAUUCCAAUUCCGGGUGUAUGGGAGACACUCAGUAUCACGUAAGGAUAAGGCAAAAUAGUAAAAUAGUGCAAGAGACUAAUGCUCUGAAGGAGUAUGACAGGAAGACACCUUCUUUUCUACAAACUGAUAGAGAUUAUUACUGGGGAUACGUAUAUUUUCGGCAAGUGAAGGAUAAGUCGUUGCCGAGAGGAUAUUUCCAGAAGAGUGUCGUUAUUAUCACAAAACUGCCAUUUGUCAAUCUGUUCGGUGAACUGUGUGCUUUGAUCGCACCAGAAUUCUUCGAGGCGGGAACAGCGCUGAUGGAAGCUGUAGUGCGUGAGAUAGAUCAGUGGCCCGCUCCGGUUCCGGGCCAGAUAGUUCAUUUACCGCUCAUCGGUGUCUUAUUUCAGACGUAUAUCCCAAACCAGAAUUACAAGGCUACUAUUCCAUCGAUCGCUGCCAUGGAACAUGCAUCGAACGUACACUCAAUGCGAAGACUGAUGUUGACGUCAGCCUACGAGGGCGACAUGUUUCGAAGCUUAGCCAGCGUUGUUAGCUACGUGCAUUUGUUAUGGGAAUUGGUGCUUCUUAGUGAACCAAUCGUCGUUAUGGCAGGCUCGCCCACUACGUGUUCCGAGAUGGUCCAAGCACUCAUAGCGAUGAUCGCGCCGUUGAAGUAUUGCGCCGAUCAUCGUCCGUACUUCACCAUUCAUGAUUCCGAGUUCAAGGAGUACACUACGGAUUCUCCGGCACCGCCUGCGGUGAUACUGGGUGUAACCAAUCCGUUCUUCGCCAAGACUCUGCAACAUUGGCCGCAUAUCAUCAGAAUAAGCAACGGCAGCAACAGCGAAGAUCAGAGAUACAAGAUCAAGAAAUCUGAGAAUCUGAAGGUGCUGGACUCCAAGCCUGGCGUUUACACUCAGUACAAGCCUUUUCUGCAGAAGGACAAGACUAUUCUGAAGAAACUGUUCAGAGGCAUUCAGACAAAACGGCCGGGCGAGGUGCAGACCGCGCUCUUGAAACGUCAUCUGAUCGAGUUAACGGAGAGCUUCAUGAUUCCGCUCGAAAGGUACAUCGCGACUCUCAUGCCACUGCAAAAGAACAUAUCACCUUUUAAGGCAACUCCUACACCACAAAUGUUCAAUCCAGAUGACUUCCUAGCUAGUUUAAGUAGCUCCGGUCCCCAACUAACCACAGGCAUAAAGGGAGAUUGGGUAGGAUUAUACAAACGAUUCUUUCGAUCGCCCAAUUUUUCUGGAUGGUUCCAUGCCAGAUACAUGGAGCUGAGCCAACAACUGCAAGUUAAACAGUUGGAAAAAUUAUCGCAGGCAGACUUGAAAACAUGGGUGCAGGGAAAGCAGGAGGUGGAGGUAGUUGAUAUGAUUCUUCGAAUUCGACAGAAAUUGGAGAAAAGCUGCAUCGAUGACGUGCCGAUCGAUAAUUCGGUAAGAGAGAAGCUCCGAGAGAGAAUAAACGACAUCACGCACGUAUUGCCGGACGAUCUAAAAGUUAUUUUAAGGCACGAAUCUUGACAGUACGACUAUAUUAUUAAUAUAAAAACUCGUUAACAUUAUAUUUAGUUUUUACGUAGGCUGGGAUUGUAUUCAAGUCAAUUCAGUGACGUAAUAUUUAGAAUAAUUAAAAUCCUCCCACUCUCUCCUUUCCCACUUAUCGUGACGUAAAUGAACGGGGGAAACGUAACUGACAUAGUUUGAGAACUGACACGAUCAAUUUACGACGAGUGUGCUAAGAAAGAGUUCAUAUACGUGCUGAUCCGUAACUUAAAUACUCGCCGCAGAGGGACUGACAAGAUAAAUCCAUUGUAUACGUAACAGAUAUUACGUAAAAUAUUCUAGAUGCUUGAGCGUACUGCUUGGGUAUUUUAACGCUUUUAUAUUUGGAGAAACGUUUAAUGUUUCGUAAAUCUUACAUAUCUCGUCUUGGACUGAUCAUGCGCUAUUCGAUUUCCUUUACAAUGCCAACUCCAUCGAUAGUAGCUUCCCUCCUGUAUCCGAUCAUUCCGGUUAAUGAUUUUAUACUGUAAUUUCUUUAUUAUUACGUGAUACGUAUUGACAAAUACUCUAAUGGGGGCAGUGAGCAAUAACAAUAACAGUAAUCUCAUGAAUUUCGACUCAAUAAAAUGUGAGCGAUUGGAAUGUUAAGUGAUGUACAUACAUUUUUGAGAUCUGUAAAUAUUGGUAUAAAUGAGAUGUCUAAUAAACAUUUAUUUUAAUAAUAAAA